AGAUGUGAUUUAUUAGAAGUCCAUAUUUCUGUUAAAGACAUUGCUAUUUUCCAGUUAAGACUUCUGAAGGAUUUUUUCAUCAAACCUCACGCUCUUCCGAAGUCAACAAAACCCAUUCUUCGAGUAGGAUAAGGACAAAUCAAUGUAAAAUGAAUAAUCUCAUCCUGCUCUAGGGGUUUUGUUGGCUUAAAAAAUAAGCAAGUUUGUUGUAACGCUUGAGUAGAGGUUGAUAGAAGUAUAUUUAUUUUAGCAGAGCUGGGAGGGCUGGGGGGAUCAGAAUAAUGCACGUUUGCACUAAAGCGCCGGUCUUUAAAGACGUACUUCGGGUUCACAUUUUGACAAUCGUUAAAAUGCUGUAAAUGCCUGAAAAUAAAAAUGCGCCAUCGGCGAAACAUUAAAAAAAAUCCAUGAUUAAAUAUAGCCAAUUGUAUAAAGUAACAAGUAUUCAAGAAAGUGUCAGGGAGGCAGGGCACAUUUUGGGCGAGGGAUCGAGGAGGUGAGAAUUCUCUGGGAAGCUACACCCUGUUGCCAGGACGAGAACGCUGCAAUAGCCUUGUCGGACAACAGUGUCUUUGUUUGCCAUUGUAAGUAAAAAGACAGUCGGACAUGAGUUGUUGUGGGUAGGUGAAAUAAACACCCUUAUUCCAACCUGCUUGUGAAGGAGUCCACCCCAAAUCCCAUGGCGAGAAUCGCACGAUGCAGCACUGAACCGAGGAAAGCAAUAUAGGCAGCGGACACGGUAAAUACUCGGUGAAUUGCAUGCAUAACGUCGAGCUAAAUACCGCAGGUCAAUAUUGGCGUCUCUGCUUCACAGGAGUCGUCGUCAGGUUAUCCUUAAACAUUCAGGGGGGGUUGAACGGGAAAGAGGGGGUGGAAUGGGGUAUAAACGGUAUCUUUCUAGGAGACGCGUUCACUGGGUGAGCGGCCGGGCCCCGUGGCAGCGGUACCUCCCGCUGGCCCGAGGCUGCGCGAGCGGCGCCAGCCUCAAGACAAUGGCCAACGGCUGCGGCUCGCGCCCGGGAAGAGGGCGAGGGCUGGGGCCCACGGCGCUCCUACUGCACCAUGCAGCCGGGUAAGUUGGCAUACCGCAUGGAACUUUCUCACCACAAGUACACAGAACUUGUGGGGCGGGUUGGAUUUCUUUCCCUUCAUCCAGGAUGAUCGCUGACCCAUCCCCGGUCGCCUCCCAGACGACGGAACAAGCGCCCCACGAGAGCCGAGGGGGAGGGGAGCCGUGCAUCCCUGCCAGCGUCCACCUGCCAAAUCCUGAGCCUUAGGGCUCGAUACGACGGCGCGCAGGCGCAGUGCGGUGUCGGGAAGCGUUUCCUGCCAGAUUGUGUGACUGAGUCCCCGGUUGUCAGAUGGCAAUGGAGAAGGAAAAUAACGGUCAACAGCGAGUGUGGAGAAAAAGCCGAAAGCAGUGAGCCAAAUUCUAAGAGGGAAGAAAGGAAAAAUCACACACACAAUAGGGUGGCACUCAUUGUGAUUUGCAAUUUGCCGGUCAGCUCAAUUGAAAAGCUGUAAUCAUGACAGCCGAAGAGACAAUAAAUGUUAAGGAAGCGGAGAUAAUUAAAUUAAUCCUGGAUUUUCUUAAUUCAAGGAAGCUCCAUAUUAGUAUGCUUUCUCUUGAGAAAGAAAGUGGUGUGAUAAAUGGAUUGUAUUCCGAUGAUAUGCUUUUCCUCAGACAGCUGGUACUUGAUGGCCAUUGGGAUGAAGUGCUUCAAUUCAUCCAGCCUCUUGAGUGUAUGGAAAAAUUUGAUGCAAAAAGGUUCCGAUAUAUUAUUUUGAAACAGAAGUUUUUGGAAGCAUUAUGUGUAAACAAUGCAGUGUCAGCAGAUGAUGAACCUCAGCAUCUAGAGUACACAAUGCAAGAGGCUGUAAAGUGUCUACAUGCGCUGGAAGAAUAUUGUCCCUCCAAGGAAGACUACAGCAAACUCUGCUUAUUACUUACCCUUCCUCGCUUAACAAAUCAUGCAGAAUUCAAGGACUGGAAUCCCAGCACUGCUCGUGUUCAGUGCUUUGAUGAGGCCUGUGUUAUGGUGGCAGAAUUCAUUCCUGCUGACAGAAAACUGAGUGAAGCUGGUUUCAAAGCAAGCAAUAACAGACUAUUUCAACUUGUCAUUAAAGGUUUGCUGUAUGAGUCUUGUGUAGAAUUCUGUCAGAGUAGAGCAACUGGUGAAGAGAUUAGUGAGAGUGAAGUACUGCUUGGAAUUGAUUUACUUUGUGGAAAUGGGUGUGAUGAUCUGGAUUUGAGCCUUCUCUCAUGGCUUCAGAAUUUAUCACCUGAUACUUUCUCAUGUGCUUUUGAACAAAAGAUUUUGAAUAUCCACACAGACAAACUUGUAAAACCUACAAGGUCUUCAUACUCUGAUAUUUUAACACCUCUAAUUAAUAAACUGUCUCCUUACCCAUCAUCCCCAAUGAGGCGUCCGCAAUCUGCUGAUGCAUACAUGUCACGAUCCUUAAACCCAGCAUUGGAUGGACUGUCGUAUGGGCUAACUAGUCAGGAGAAGCGUAAUGCUGACAUAGUGAACAGAAGUUCUCCAAUGUCUCAUUCUUUUGCGAACUUUAAUUAUCCUGGUACACAAAACCUUUCGAGAAGUCUCUUGCUUGAAAACACAGACUGUCACAGCAUAUACGAGGAAUCGCCAGAAAGGACAGAUUCACCAGUACCCAGAGUUCAGCAUUCCGGUGGUAGUGGUAAUGCUGAAACUUUGAUUCAGGAUGAAGCGUCACUUGUCAAUUCCAUAGAAGUGGCAUCAAGUCCAGCCACUUCUAAAAUGGAAAAGAAUGAGCUGAGAGAACCUGCAGAUCAAUUUCAAGAGUACUAUCGACAGCGGAUGCGCUACCAACAGCAUCUAGAGCAAAAGGAGCAACAAAGACAAAUGUAUCAGCAAAUGUUACUAGAAGGAGGGGUCAAUGAAGAUGAUGGAGCAAGCCAGCAGCAGAACCUCACAGAGCAGUUCCUUAACAAAUCAAUGCAAAAGCUAGAAGAAUUAAAUCUAGGAAUGGAUAAUCUUAGCACUGAGGCACAGUCUCCAAACCAACAGUGUAAUGGAAACCAAUUAAAUGCACAAAAUGGCUCUUCAGCCACUAAUUUUUUAACACCUGAAGUUAAUCAGCGUUCAGGAUUGUCUGAUGUUUCAAGCCAGUGCACAAGUACUCCAUGUAAAACAAGCACAGGGAACACAUUCCCUUAUUCUGAUGGGUCUUCAUUCUUUAACAUGCAGAAUGCAGAUUCUUCAUCUUCCAAAGAUCCUGCAAUAAGCUCACCAAUAUUGGAAGAUGCUUUGGUCAGUGGAAAUGGGACAAAGGAUGAAGAGGAUGAUGGAACCAGAAAGCAAUUCAUUGCCAUUAAUACCCUCGAAGACACUCAAGCUAUAAGAGCGGUAUCAUUCCAUCCAAGUGGGACUCUCUAUGCUGUUGGUUCAAAUACUAAAACUUUACGGGUGUGUGCUUACCCAGAGAGUAUUGACCCAAGUGCAUACAGUUUACCUAAGCAACCUGUAGUAAAGUUUAAAAGGAACAAACACCACAAGGGAUCAAUCUACUGCGUGGCUUGGAGUCAUUGCGGACAACUAUUGGCUACUGGAUCAAAUGAUAAAUAUGUGAAAGUGCUGCCAUUUAGUCCAGAAACCUGCAAUGCUACAGGUCCUGAUUUGGAGUUCAGCAUGCAUGAUGGUACAAUCCGAGACCUUGCUUUCAUGGAGGGCCCCGAAAGUGGAGGGGCGAUCUUAAUCAGUGCUGGAGCUGGAGAUUGUAAUAUUUAUACAACAGAUUGCCAACGAGGCCAGGGAUUACAUGCACUUAGUGGACAUACAGGUCAUAUUCUAGCACUGUAUACUUGGGGAGGAUGGAUGAUUGCAUCUGGCUCACAAGACAAGACUGUAAGGUUCUGGGAUCUGAGAGUGCCAAGCUGUGUUCGUGUUGUUGGAACUGCAUUUCAUGGAUCAGGCAGUGCUGUUGCUUCUGUGGCUGUAGACCCAAGUGGAAGACUCCUAGCCACAGGUCAGGAGGAUUCUAGCUGCAUGCUUUAUGAUAUCCGAGGAGGCAGAGUGGUACAAAUUUACCAACCACAUGGUAGCGAUGUACGUUCGGUGCGGUUCUCCCCAGGAGCUUACUACCUUCUUACAGGAUCUUACGACACUACUGUCAAAGUAACUGAUUUACGAGGAGAUCUAAUAAAACCACUUCCGACAACAGUAGUCGCUAAGCACAAGGACAAAGUUAUACAGUGUAGAUGGCACACUGAGGAUCUAUCUUUCUUAUCUUCAUCUGCUGACAGGACAGUAACUCUCUGGACUUACAACAGCAGUUGAUUAAUUGAUACCAAUG